AUGUCAGCACAAGAUGCAAACACACAACAAAUGCAGGAGAACACAGCUGCAUGCAAUAACAGCAACAAUGACGAAAACAUCCAUGCAAAUGAGAAACAACAAAAUGCUCAGCAAGAACGAGAGCAAUCUGAGCAACAGCAAAGCGAGCAGAAGAAAUCUGCAUCAGGCGAAGGCCAGCCGAGAAGCGAUCGUAGUAGAGAUGACGCUCAACCUCAGUUCGGAUUUCCAGGCAGAUUUCCAAAUGGCUGCCCGUUCUCUGGUCCUUCGCAGUUCCAACGUGAUGGAAUGCGCGGCGAUUUCAACGAAGGUAUCCAACGUGAGUUCCCAAGCGGCUUCAGAGGCGAUUUUUGUGGUGAAUUCCGCUGCUUCAUGGGAGAUCGAAUGAGGUACGAUCCAAGGGAAUCAAUUGGAGGCGAUGGCAGAUGUGGCAUGCGAGGAGAUAUGAGAGAUGAUUUGCGAGAUGAUCCUCGCCGCGAUUUCAGAGGAGAUUUUGGAGGAGACUUUGGAGGAGACUUUGAGAGAGAUCCUCGCAGAGAUUGCAUCCGUUGCUUCCAAGGCGGAAUGAGAAGACCUAUGUCAGAUGAUCCAAGAGAGUUCAUGAUGAACGACCCAAGAAGAUGCAUGAUGAACAAUCCAAGAGAGUUCAUGAUGAACGACACAAGAGAGUUCAUGAGAGGGUGCUUCCGUUGUGGAUUCGGAUCUGGUUUUGGAUUGCGAUCAAGACAAGAUUUGCGUGAUAACUUCCGAGAUGAUUUCCACGAUUGCUUCCACAACGACUUCGCACACAACAUUUUCUGUGGAUUCCAUGGUUCGAACAGGAUGACCGGUCCAGCAUCCAGACAAUUUGGAUUCUUCUAA